AUGGCACCGACGAGCGCGCCAACGCAGCGCGAACUCGCGCUCCUGACCUCCCUCCUCGUCGCCCUCCUCUACUUCUUCUCCGGUACCCACCCACAUGCCUCAUUGCCGCACAACGCCUCUCUCACCAGCGCCGAUGACGACCUGCCCACCUCCGCACACUCUUCACGGCUGAGCUGGCACAACACCGGCGUAGUCCCACAUACAAAACUCAUAUCACACGUGCCGGGCUGGACAACAUUCGACCACCUUUACAUGUUAAACGGCACUUUGUACAUCGUAACCGAUACACCGUCUGUCAUUCCCGAACGCCGUUUCAUCAUCUCUACCGGUCGCGACAUCGCCAAUGGUGCCGAAGAAGUCGCCGCGCGGCUGCCUACAGACAAGGAGCUGAAAGUUAUAGGGAGUAAUGAGGCGAAGAGGUUGUUUGGUGGGGGCGCGAGUAGGAUUGACGGCGUUACGUGGUUCGCUAACGAUCCGAAGCAAUUCGUGACGCAUUACUACCACUGGGCCGCCGAGCUCUUCUUCGGUUUUGCGCGCGCCUACGCCUCCCUCGACCCCCUAAUCCCCUCCUCCGGCACAACGCGCCUCCCCCCACCGCGCCGCAUGAUCUUCACGCACCUCCCCGCCUCGCACUGGCGCGACUACGCCUCAAUGAACCAAUACGUCCUGCGCACUUCCUUCCCCUCCAUCGCCAUGGAGUUCAACCAAGACUGGGCCGACCGCACACAAUCGCUGCGCCCCUUCGUCUUCGAUCGCGUUAUAAUCGCCGAUCGAAGCGCUGCUAUGAUCGGCGACAAUUUCGGACGGACGCAGCGCACGGCCGCGGAACCGCAGGCGUUACCAGGAAGUCCGCAUUGGUGGAACGCCUACCGGAAUAAUAUCGUCGAGGCGUCUGGGCUAGCGCGGGACGAGGCUGCUGGGACGCUCGGCAAGCCUGUUGUGACGUAUAUCUCGCGUCAAGGAUGGGGACGGCGUAUGUUGAUUCAGGAGGACCACGAUCGACUCGUUGAGGAGCUGUAUAAGCUAAGGGAUACGUAUGGGUGGGAGGUCAACGUUGUUACCAUGGACAAAAUGAGUCGGGCGGAGCAGUUGAGGUUGUCGGGACGAACAACGAUCAUGCUGGGUGUGCACGGAAACGGUCUCACAUCGUUGUUAUGGAUGAAGCCCACACCGCGAAGCACAGUCAUGGAAUUCUUCUUCCCUGGCGGUUUCGCGCACGAUUACGAGUACACGACUCGCGCCCUGGGUAUGAUGCACUAUGGCUUCUGGGGCGACAGCGCGUUUACCCGCCCAGACGUUCCGCCUGUAGCCUACCCUGAAGGCUUCCAAGGCAAUGAGAUCCCCAUUGACGGCGCACUCGUGGCACGGUUGAUACACGAGCGCCUGACGCUCUCAGAUGAGGCCGACGACUAA